GCGUCGAAGACGACUUACCGCAUCGAUGCCAUCGACAACGUAUCCAUGGGUCGACGCAGUGCGGGCCGCCGUGGACGCGAAUCCGCACGCGGUACAUCGCAAGCGCAUGUGUGGCUAUGAGUUCCGUCCGGGGGACAUGGCCUGGAACUGUCGCCAGUGCCAGAAGGACGAGACGUGCGUGCUGUGCCACGCGUGCUUUUCCGCGUCCCAUGCAAACCUGCCGCACCACGACGUCACGUUCUACUACACGCAGCAGGGCACAGGAUGCUGCGACUGCGGGGACGACGAAGCGUGGGACCCCGACGGGUUCUGCGCCGAACACAACCCACCCACGGCCGAUGGCGCCGACAUGGACAUCCUCACGUCGGUCCCUCCGGAGUUGCUGGCCACCGCACAGGCCGACGUGGUGCGCGACGUCAACGUGUUGCUUCGUUACGUCCUAGGUCGCCAGCGCGGGUUCCAGCGCGCCCUCACCCCCGAGGACUCCGGUCUGUUCGACCUCUGGCUCCAUGUGACCGAGUCCGCCGCCGCUCGGUCCGCACCCGAGAAGCUCACCCUCGUUCAAGGCAGCAUGUCUGCCGACAGCGUCUCCCACUGGCUAUCAACCCUGGACAGGUCCAACGUGUCCAUCUUCGACUCGGGCGAUCCCGCGGUGUACGCCGAUGUGCUAGCUGUUUUUAGCCGUAUCACACAGUGCGCCCUGGCGAGUGAUGUGUUGUGUCGAUUGGUUGCUCAUGAGAUGAGUUCCGUUCAUUCCACGGAGCUACUGGGCGAGCUCAUCCGUACGGAAGCUUUGCUACCCCAAGCCGAGAGCGCUGCGCUGCACACGCUUAUCAUGGCCCUCCUUCCCGAUCCAGCGUUCAAAGAAGCCUUUGCCAUUGCCUUUACUCACUCGUAUCGCGCUGUGUUUGCCAAGUACCUCCAAGGCCACGGCACUCCGGGGCAAACGAUCCUGGUGCUGGGGGUGCAAUUUCUGAACCGAGCGUCGUUCGUACACAAGUUGGUGGCCGACCAUCAGCUUCUGGACGAGUUGCUAGGGGCGUUCGCGUCGUUGGUCGUCGGGGGGGAAAAGUCAUCGGCGGCGGACCUGUGCAUAUUCCAAGGAUUCCGCAGCAAAGAAGAGUAUGGUGAUGAUAAUAUCCAUCCAUGGGACCAGAUGGCCCUCCGGAUGCUGCGUACGGAUGUCAUCCACGAGAUGGAUGACGUGGCACUUGCCACCACACGACGCCCUCCCUUCAUGGUGGACACCCCCCCGUUCACGUCGCACCGAUACAAUCAAGUGCUCGUGGACUUGAAAUACGUGUUCCAAAUCCCCCACGAUCGCUUUGUGAGUCGAUUUGGGCGGCACUUGCGCUGGCUGGGCCAACUCCUAAGCCACCUUCAAGGGAUGGGCGCGACCUGUCGCAUUCCGCCAGCACAUAACCACGUCGCAGUGGACUCUCGCAGUUGGAUAGUGUACAUUGAACUGGCCACGCUAGUACAAGAGAUGAUGUCAGCUUUGAUCUUGAACGUUGUGACCUUCGACACCAGCGAUAGCCAGUCGGCCAUCACGGCACUCGUGGGUCCUGUGCUCGAAAGUCUAUGCCUUUGGCUUGCAACUACACACUCGUACUUCCCCCCAGACCAACUAGAUCGUCCAGUGGGCGACCCAGAUGUGGCCGUGGGGGUCCACUUCCCACUGCACCAUACAUUUGUGUUAAUCCUGCGCGCGGCCACCUGCGCGCCAGCCUUGAUGGACGCAUUCCAGGCCGCGGUGAAUGCGACUCUGCCGCACCCCGCUUCCUGCGACAGAGUGGGGAGGUGGCAUCGGCUCAUGCUGGUCCGCCCCCUGCUCCGUGCGCUCGUGUGGGAUGCCCAAGUGCAUGUCAAUAUGUGGCGCCGCAACGGCUUUGGCGUGAUCAACCACAGCUUAAACUACGGCGAGCCAUUCUACUGCUUCAAAUUGCGCGAUCUAGACCUCCUCGGAGUGCAAUAUGCCGUCGCUACGACUGGAAUGGACACGAUUGUGCCCCUCAUACUGGAAGAGUUUGACAUUUCGACGUUGCACGUGCCAGAGUUUGAGGACUCGAUGCUGGCAGAGUGCUUCAAGGUGCUGUGCCAGAUUGCAACGGAGCUCCCGCUCGGCACUUCAUCUCUGGACAGUCGACUUCGGCGACUGCUGGUGCUGCGUCUGUGCUGCAAGCCAAGCACCCACUCAGAGCUGUUCAAAUGUGUGACAGAGUUUUGUGCGGUGCACGAGGUCCAGACUGCGCUCUCGUCGUUGUCGCUUGACGCCGCCGUGAAGACGCUCACCAAGGACUACAUCCUCCCCAAUCAAAAAGUGUAUACACUGGACCCGCGCCAUUUGGAACUGUACGACGCCACAACCAUCCAUCUCACUCGAAAACAACACGAAGCGGCGCGGCUAAAUCGGCUCGAACACCGCGUGGACACGUUCAAAAAGGAUCCGAUGCCUUCGACGUACCUACCAGCUGUGCCACCGCCUCUCCACGUCACAGAAGGCGAUGCCUUGCCCCAGUUUGAAGAGGCGUACUACAUGCUUCUCCACCCGAGCAUCUGCGCCAAGUUGGCGGGGGUCCUACGGCAGCUGGACGAGGCGACCACCAGCUUAGCCACCAUGGCCAUACAUUUGUUGACGCUGCAAUUGUAUGCCCUGCGCACGGCCCUGGACCACCGAGUGUAUGCAGCGUUGGCCAAGUCGUACUUAACAUGGCUGGCGUCGGUGCUUCCCAGUCUCGACACUUUAAACCCAUGGGCGAGUACAACCCAAGUCCGUUCUCAAGCCGAUCACGAGCGCGGCCGACAUAUUGAGUGGAUUUUGCACCAAGUGUCUGCAUACCCUGGCUUUCACAUGUAUGCUCGUUUUCCAUCAGACGACGUAGUAGCUAGCCCCCCACCCCCUCCUCUUUCAGCUCGGCAUGUGCCACAGCAGCUGGCGCUGGUCCGGAUGGAGCAACAACGGGCCCAGUUUUUGGCUAGCUUGGCUACGGAUCUUGACGACGACGAAGAGGAGGAGGAGGAUGUGACGAUGGCGUGGGAGCCGUGUGCCAUGUGCCACUUAGCAGAUAACGAGGCGACGCUGUGCUUUAUUGGGUUUGUGCACUUGUCGGGUCUGAAUGUGCCGCCAGUCGACGCGAUCAAGAAGACUCCGUGGGAAGACAUGCGCAAGGAAGUGCCGCUGACGAUGCAGUGCUGCGGCCAUUGUGUGCACAGAGGGUGUUGGGAUAGCUACUUUGCCACGCAGUUUCAAAAAGUCAUUACAGGCGAAGCGUAUUUGAAUGCCGUGGAUGUGAAAAAAGGCGAAUUUUUGUGUCCCCAGUGCAAAUCCAUUUCCAAUGUGCUCGUACCCGUGAGUCUCGGCCAAGGGAAUUCCUCGUCUGUGGACGUGUCAGCCGACGUGGACUGGGCCACGUGGCUGCAGCCCCCUUCUACUUCUGCCCACGAUCCACCAGCUCAGGCCCCUUUGGACGAAGGACUAGCCAAACUGUGCAUGUCCAUCCAUCGCGUAGCUACUGGGGCGAUCGAAAAGGCUCACCCAAGGCGGUAUAUCGCCACAGCGUGCCACGCCGUGUUCACAUCCAUGUGGACGGCGGCCAUCACAGACAUGCCAUUGGACAAAAUCCGUCCGCUGGCGGCCGCCGCCGCGCACCUGCGGCACCCAGAGCUUUCAGUGCGGGAAAUGCUGGCGACUGGCGAGGCGUCCAAUUCCAAAGUCGACGCGCUCGUGGAUACGCACACGCUGACGCAAGUGCAGAGGACGUGGCACUCUGUGGUGGGAGCCAAACCGCUCUUGUUGCACGACCUGGGCUCGAUUGCCGCGCGGGGGGCAUUGUUGAGUGAGAAUGCAAUGGACGCCGUGCGCUCGGUGCAGCUGGUGGCGCUGGCUUUUGUCGUGCAGAGUACGCUGUGGUUGCUGUCGAGUGCUCUGCCCCCCCUCGAUGAUGUCGACGAGGACGCGACCAGCUGGUUCCUUGGCGAGUGGUGCGAUGGCGCGUCCAAAGACGUGGGGGUCGCAGUGUUGCGUGGGCUGGUGCAGGCCUCAGAUCUGUCGAUGGUGUCGGACCAACACUCACUGCUCGACAGAGUGGCGGUCGAGUGCCGGCCGUUUUGCGACCAAGCGUGGGCGAUGCUGUCUACCGUCACAUCGUCCCCCGCCUCGUCGUGGCUUUCGCUCCCGCGGCUGCCGGAUGCUCUGGUCAAGGUUGUGCACACGUGGGUGCAUACGUUUGAAACCACAUACGACACCAUGGCCGACCCCCAAGGAGUGUUGGCCCAGUGGCGCCUCAAACAAAACUGCGGACCGUCGUGGAAAAGUGUGCUGCAGCAAGAUCUGAACGCCGCUCAUGUCCCGCUAAGUACGCUCUGGUAUCGCCAGCGCACGCACUUUAUGCGGCACCUCCCAACCGCAUUUAACGCUCUCUACUUGGACUUGACCAAGCAAGUGUGCCCAGCAUGCCGAUUGUUCCCAGCGCGUCCGGCAGUAUGUUUAAUCUGCGGAGGCGUGCUGUGUGCCGCGUCGUCGUGCAAAUCCAUCUCCCCCAUGUCCGUCUCGGGCGCGUGUACAUUGCAUGCGCACAAAUGCGGGCGUGGCGUGGGCAUGUUUUUAUUGGUGUUAGAAGGCAAGGUGCUGCUCGUGAGUGGCAAGUUGGCCGCAUAUUAUGGCCCCAGUUUAUAUGUGGACGCGCACGGCGAAGGGUUUGGCGAGUCGCAUUCGACGGUGACGUUCCGAGGUCGACCGCUGUUUCUGCAGAGCCACACGAGGGACGCGCUGCUGCGACUAUGGGCGACCCAAGGGAUCCCUUUAGCUAUUGUCCAAGCUCAAAACAUGGCCACCCAUGUCGUGCCCAACAGUCAUUAUUGAAUACUAUUAUAGUAAUAAACGAUGGGGGGGAUUUUAAUAAUAAUAGUAACAACCGAGGGGGG